AUGGUGUUUUUCUGUUUUUUCCUUCUUCCAUGUCUGUUUUCUCUUUUUUUCUCUCUUUUGUUUCUUUUCUCGUUUAUUUUCUAUCGAUUUUACUCUUUUUUUAUUUUCCCACUUUUUCUUCCUCUUCGCUGUCUCUCUCCCUCAUUUUUCUCGCAUAACCUUCCUGUUUUUCAUUUUCUCUGUUUAACUUUAUCUUCCCUCUUUCUCUUCUUCCUCCUUUCUUGUUUCUCACUCAUUAUUCUUUUCUUUUUUUCCUUUUACUCUAUUUCUCUUCAUGUCGAUCAUCGGCUCUAUUUUCCAAUGGAGUGUUUUCUCUUUCUUUAUUUAAUUCGUACUCUCCGUCUCUUUCACUAUUUCUCUUGCAUUCAUCUUCUUUUUUUCAUUUCGACUUCCGCUUUCAUUCUCCCUCAUUUUCUCUUGUACUCUUUAGCUUUCAUUCUCCCUCACUUUCUCUUUUACUUCCAUUCUCCCUCUCUCAUUCACUCCCUCCUUCUCUCCUUCUCAUUUGCUUCUUUUUCUCUCUCUGUCACUAAAUCUUUAUUUUUGUCUUAA